GGAGGCAUAACGAGGUACUUCAGACCUGGCGGCAACUCUUCGACCCUCCUUGAACCCCUGUGGCUUUAGACCUUAGAAGUCAAAUUUUCAGACCUACAGAGGACUCUCCCCAGAGCUUCCAAACCCCGGGCUCCCUUCCCCAGCCUCUGUGGCCAGCUCAGGGCAGGGACCUGCGCCCUAAGCCUCUGCACCUUGCAGCAUCCCCGGGCAUCUGCCUCUUCGAAGUCCCUCCCGCUGUGCACCAUUUCACCGGUGUACACCCGCGGGUCCUGUUUGCCUUUCUUCCCUAAAUCGCCAAAACUUCAGAACCCAGCAGCACUUCCGAAACACCUUGCCAGUUCCAGUCCCUGCUGCUCCUCGAGACCCACGGGUCGCCUGCUACUAUGAGCUGCCCCUUUGACAAACGGCUCUCCCUGAUCACUUUCCUGCGCCAGCUGCGAGACCUCGGACAGCCCCCAAGGUCCGUGACAUCCAAGGCGUGCGCUUCCCGGCAGCCAAAGGAGGUGCCUCUCUGCCCGCUGAUGACAGAUGGUGAGACUCGGAAUGUCACCUCCUUGCCUGGACCCACAAAUUGGCCACUACUAGGCAGUCUACUGGAGAUUUUUUGGAAAGGUGGUUUGAAGAAACAGCACGACACACUGGCAGAGUACCACAAGAAGUACGGCCAGAUUUUCCGGAUGAAGCUGGGCUCCUUCGAUUCGGUGCAUCUGGGCUCGCCGAGCCUGCUGGAAGCUCUGUACCGCACAGAGAGCGCGCAUCCCCAGCGACUGGAGAUCAAACCUUGGAAAGCCUAUCGCGACCACCGCAACGAAGCCUACGGGUUGAUGAUCCUGGAAGGACAGGAGUGGCAGAGGGUCCGCAGCGCCUUCCAAAAGAAACUAAUGAAACCGGUGGAGAUCAUGAAGCUGGACAAGAAAAUCAAUGAGGUCUUGGCUGAUUUUAUAGAGCAAAUCGAUGAGCUGCGUGAUGAGAGAGGCCACAUCAAAGACUUGUACGGUGAGCUGAACAAAUGGUCCUUUGAAAGCAUCUGCCUUGUGUUAUAUGACAAGAGAUUCGGGCUCCUUCAAAGGGAUGCAGAAGAAGAAGCCCUGACCUUCAUUGCAGCCAUCAAAACGAUGAUGAGCACAUUUGGGAAGAUGAUGGUGACCCCCGUGGAGCUGCACAAGCGCCUCAACACCAAAGUGUGGCAAGUGCACACACUGGCCUGGGACACCAUUUUCAAAUCAGUCAAGCCCUGCAUCGACAACCGCCUAGAGAAAUAUUCCCAGCAGCCUGAUGCGGAUUUCCUUUGUGACAUUUAUCAACAUGAUCAUCUUUCCAAGAAAGAACUGUACGCUGCCGUCACAGAGCUGCAGCUCGCUGCGGUGGAGACGACCGCAAACAGCUUAAUGUGGAUUCUCUACAAUCUAUCCCGGAAUCCCCGAGUGCAACAGAGACUUCUUCGGGAAAUCCAGAGCGUGUUGCCUGACAACCAGACACCACGGGCAGAAGAUGUGAGAAAUAUGCCCUAUUUAAAGGCCUGUCUAAAAGAAUCCAUGAGGCUUACCCCAAGUGUGCCAUUUACAACUCGGACCCUUGACAAAGCAACGGUUCUGGGUGAAUACACGCUACCCAAAGGAACGGUGUUAACACUAAAUACCCAGGUGCUGGGUUCCAGCGAAGACAACUUCGAAGACGCUAAUAAGUUUAGACCUGAACGCUGGCUUCAAAAGGAGAAAAAGAUCAACCCCUUUGCUCACCUCCCAUUUGGCAUUGGGAAGAGGAUGUGCAUCGGACGCCGGCUGGCUGAGUUGCAGCUCCACUUGGCUCUUUGCUGGAUAAUCCAAAAGUAUGACAUCGUGGCCACAGACAACGAACCAGUGGAGAUGCUACAUCUUGGCAUCCUGGUACCUAGCCGGGAGCUGCCCAUUGCUUUCUGUCCACGGUAGGAUGCUCGGAUUUUUUUUUUCCACUCCAAAUCAAAACCAGCAAUCUAGCCCUUUCUGCGAGAAAGCUGCUUAUGGCUUCGGUAUUCCUAGAUGGCGAACUUCAAGGACCAGAGCAUGGGACCACCUGCGAAGCAUGGCGCACACAGCCUUCUGCAGAAUGAUUCUGACAGUCACGUUUACUAAGCCCCCAUUACUCAGGGAACCGCUUGCGGGACAGCAAUGCUAGGCGCCGCCCACUACACUUUACCACGUGUUUACAUUAGCCAAUCACAGCCCUCAAGAGCCUGUUGUCACUCCAUUUUCUGUGAUGUUGCCGGUCGGCCACUCUGGUAAAGGUUAAUUAGAGUUUCUGAUGCAAAACCCAAAGAGGCAGCUUCAAUUCCCAUUUACACUUGAUGAAGACCUACUAUGGCUUUAUUGUCUGAGUGGGACUGACAAAUCAUUUAUUAUACUCAGUUUCGUUCAAUAUUUGAGGAAACGCCAGCUGUAAACGGAGCUAAACAUUAAGUAAAGGUUCUCAUAAAGCUAUCUUUCCUGCUCACAAAGGGAAACACUGUUGGAAAUUAGAGACUAAGAAGUUCUACAGUGAAGCCAGCUCCUUGCUUAUGAAUGCCUCGCUGGCGCAGGGGACUCUGUAAUUUCUUAUUUCAAUGGUACCUUUCUCUGUGGUUUUAGAGUGUGGAUAGACGAAUCAACAAGCUGUGCCUGUGUCGACACGUGUAUGUGUGUCAGCGCAUGUGCUUGAAUGGCUGUGGGCCCUGAGGGUACUUUGCUUCAGUCAUGUUUUUACAUAAAGACAUAGGGUACCCAAUUUAGGGUCUGCAGUGCGGAAUUUUGUCCUGAAGUUUAGUCAGAGGUUAAAGGAAUGCUUUGCAGGUAUAAGAAUAGGACUUUCUGUGCCUUAAUUUCCUUAUCUAUUCAAAGUGAUGAUUGUAACGUAUGCACACUACCUGUGCAGUGUAUAGUGGGGCUUGAACCCCCAGGGAAAGCACAGUUUCACAAGCACAAAACACAGUCGUGUUCUACUGACAUUUUAAAACGUUUACAUAUGGCUUGUGCAUUUUUUUAACCAGCACUGUUUUUCUAGAGAUGUUUACUGAUUAUUUCUAUAUAUUUGAUAAAGAUUUCCCUUUUAGGUUAUGGUUUUAGAAUGUUUCUGAAAUAGACAUUUAUACGUACAUUUGAAUGAAUAUGUGAAUAUGGCUGACACGGUUGUAUGCUUUGUCUUUCAUAUAAAAUUAUUUUUAGAGUUAUAAGUCCAGAGGCUAACGAUGUAGUUCUGUGGUAAGAGUUUUUGCCUGGUCUAUCUGGGGCCCUGGGUUCAGUCCCCAGUACUGCCAAGUAAUAAAAAGUAAAAUAA